UUCAUAGGUGCAUUAAGCAUUUGAACAAGAAAGCGCGAAAGUGACGAAGAGCUAAAGGUCAACAAUAAGUGUUAAACAUAAAAACUGCAAUUUGAAAGCCAUAUAGUAAUUAAUGGGAGAAGCAAUGAUGGAAACUGGAGCGUUGACGGUUUAUCAGUGCAAAGAAUGUAAUCAUAUAGUAAGUGACAGUAGUGUACGUGUUAGUGAGAACGGGAAAAUACUGGUAUUGACAGAUGCAACGAUAAAAUUAGGCCCUGAACAGGAAAUUGAAAUACCUGGCAGUCAUCCUAGCAAGGUACAUCCAGUACAGUGUCAUUGUAACACUGUUCUUGGUGCUUAUUGUAAAAUUCCUCCUGCUAAAGAUCAGCAGUUUAGAGAAAAGUAUGUCCUUGAUGGAGACAAACUACUCAGGCGUGCUGCUGGAAAUGGAUUUACUAAAGUUCUAAAACUAAACGAGAAGAUAAAAAAUCUCAAUGAAAGAUUAUUAGAUUUGAACUACACAGUUAUGUUGUCAGCCAGGGAGAUUGUGAGAGUGAAAGAGGUGUUGUGUCUUUUGGCUAAUGAUCCUAAAGUGAUAAACUUGCUCCAGUUAGAUUCUAAUUUUACAGAUGCAUCCAGUGAUACAGAUAAUAUGUAAGGUCGGUUUGUGGUAAUAUCUUGUUUCCUGUGACCGACGAUUCUGAUUUUUAUGAUUGUCAAGAAAAUAGACAGGUACAUUCAGCAUCUUUUCCCCUGUAAUCAAACUCUGGCAGAUUAGUUAAGAUAUUGUCAUGUUCUCUUAGUUAUGAUAGUAUUCUAAUCAACCUGCUAUAGAUUUUAUGUGAGUACUUGAGAAUACAUUCAAGGGGUACCUGCAUGGAAUGUAUCUGUAAAUGACUUAAUAUACAUUGUGAAAUCUCUUCAAGGGUUAAAUUGUUAACUGUGCACAGUACCAUGGCUUUAACUUCAUCUGGUGUAUGAUGGAAACAUUACCUAGCUUUGGUUGUUUUGUUGUGAUUCUCCUGUUGGAAGGGGAUUUACUGAACCUUUGAGGAAAAGAUAAAAAUUCUCAGUGACAUAUUAUUAGAUUUAUACUAAAAAUUUGUGUUGUCACUCAAGGAUAUUAACAGUGCAAAAGAAGCGGGUUUAUGUGACAAAUGAUUGUGAAGUGCUGAAAAUACUUAAGUUCAGUAAUUAUUGUACAAAUGCAUCUAGUUGUAUGGAUAUUUUGUAAGAUUUGUUUGUGGUAAUACAUUGUUUUCUAUGACUGACAGCUAGGCUGGCACAUUGUACUCCUUAAUAGAUACAACAGCAAUGUUUGGAACCUUCCAGAGAGUACCAGAGUGAUGCUUUUUAUUUGCAGUGAAAAGGCAUAUAAACUGAGAACGUUUAAUUGAAUGUUAUACUUUCAUUGUCCUCAGUUAUUAGCAGGUAAAUGUUAAACUGUUUCUUGUUCUUGUGUGUUAGGACAAACUUGACUCAAGAACUUGUUAAAUGAUGAUUUUGUUCUGUUGAGAAGUCACUAAGAUAAGGAAUAGUAAGAGUAUGCAGGUUACAAGUGUACAGUGAGUAAUCUCAUGCAGUUGGCAACACUACUGAUGGUGUCGGUAGUGAUAUUUUAUUGUAUGCACAACAGCAUUUGGAGAAUCCACAUUGCCAUCAGUCUGCUCAACUAUUUUAGAAUUCACAGGAUAAAAUACAUUUUUGUUGUUUUACUUA